AUGCGCUUCGCCAACAUUGCCGCCUGCAUUAGCAGUCUCCUCGUGGUCACCGUGUCCGCCAGCACGCCCGCCGCUUUCGAGGUCCCUGGCUCCGUUCCCGGCACCGCUGCAGCACCUGAGGUCGACACUACCAUCGUCUUCGAGACCUCGACCUACUACCUCAGCUCCGCCAUCGCCGUCACGAGCGACACCGUCAACAGCACCGCCGAGGUCACCAAGACCGGCUAUGCGCCUCCUCCCGUCGAGCCGACGACUACCUCCGAGGCGUCGCUGUACGUGACCGCCAGCCAGACCUUUGUCCCCGUCACCCUGUGGGAGGGCAGCACGACUAGAGUCAUCUUCCCGCAGAACAGCACUGCUGUUGAGAUCCCUACUGGCGUCCCAGCCAACGGCACCUCAACCGUCAUCGUCACCGCCACAGCUUCUUCAUCUGAGCCCGUCGUGAGUACCACCGCCAAGAACAAGACUUCCGCAACUGCAUCUGCAUCUGCUUCCGUCAGCCAAGUACCCGUCAACGGCGCAGGCAAGGUCACCGGCAGCGCGCUGCUCGGCAUGGGCAUUGUCGCCGGCUUCAUGGCCCUGUUGUAG